ACUACAUUUCCCGUCAAGCCGGGGUUUGAACUAUGAUCCUUCAUGACGUUUACGGACAUAACAUGCCACGUGGGCGUGACCCAAUAAUGGGAAGUAAAAAUGUUUUAACUUAUCCUUGAUCACUGAAAGAAGAAGACUCUGGUGUCCAUGAUGUCUGUGAUAAACAAGAGCGUGUUCCCUCAGAUAGCCUUCAGGUCUGAAGUGCAGGAAUAUCUUCAUAAUGUUUACACCAACAAAGAGCUCGUGUCUGAACUCGGAAAGGAGGAGGCCGAGAGAGUGUUUGAUUCGCUGCUGUCCUGUCUGUCCCACCCGCCAUCACUCACCUGCCUGAGAGCCAGCACACACACACACUCACUACAGGACAUUCAACACAGGCUGGAGCAGCACAUUGCACAACAGCAAGUGAGCGAUUGUUACAGUGACCGGGUUUCCACUCCCAUCCUUCCUCACCCACAACUUCCAGAUGUGCUGCUGCUGCCGGUUAGAGGGCCGAGGGAUGUCAGUAUUUUGACUGCAGAGGUGAUCGUCGGUGCACAGUGUGGCAGUGCUGUACUGAGAGGAGCUCAUGUCUUUGCUCCAGGUGUCCUCAGUGCACCCAAGUUCAUGAAGGCAGGUGACCAGGUGUCAGUUUUCUCAGACGUGGAGGGUAGGUGCACACGAGGAGCUAAAGAGUUCCAGGGCAAGAAGGUCUUUCUGGGGAAUGGUGUGUGUGUGAUGAACCGUUCAGAUAUUUUUUGUCCAGAAGGACCAGUAAGAGGUGUGGCUGUUAGGAUGGUGGACGCUCUUUACCAAAGCCCAUCGUUUGAUGGCGUACUGACAAGUGAAGUGUUCCUGCAGAAUCUCCCGUCAGUUGUGGUGGGUCAUGUUUUGGGUCCUCGUCCUGGUGAGAGGAUCUUGGACAUGUGUGCAGCUCCUGGAGGAAAGACUACACACAUAGCUGCUCUCAUGGCUAAUCAGGGAGUCGUAGUGGCUCUGGACAAGAUCAAAUCCAAGGUGGAGAAGAUCAGCGAGAAUGCUCGAGCGCUGCGGCUGCACUGUAUUCAAGCGCACUGUUACAACAGCAUACAGGCCGUCAGCUCUGAUCCUAACCACACCGGCAGUACAGCAGACACUCCUCCAUUCCCAGAAGAGAGUUUUGAUCGGAUAUUAUUAGAUGCUCCGUGCAGUGGGCUGGGACAGAGACCUAACAUGGCUAUCAACUACAGUCUCAAGGAAGUGUGCUCAUACCAGCCUUUACAGAGAAAACUCUUCCGCACGGCUGUGCAGCUCUUGAAAAAGGGAGGUGUGUUGGUGUAUAGUACCUGCACUGUAACACUUGCUGAGAAUGAAGAGCAGGUGGCCUGGGCAUUGAAAACGUUUCCAAGUUUAACUCUGGAGCCACAGGAACCACACCUUGGCUCUCAGGGCAUGCCUGGAUCUGAAUUAUCAUGUGACCAGCGGAGGCUGCUGCAGAGGUUCCGCCCAGAGUUAUCAUGGCGCGGGGCUACUGACAGUCACGCUUCUAAGGAUCUCCUGCUAAAAGCCAACACAGACACUAUCGGAUUCUUCAUAGCGAAAUUCAGCAAGAGAUAACGCACGUUCAGUUUAACACGUGCUCACGAAGCAGCUCAAGGAGGCAGAUAAAAACGAGUGCCAGGGAAGGGAGGGCUGAAUGGACAGCAUGAAUGGAGGGGAGAGGGGAAAAAAGGGGGUGGUACCAUGAGUAGCUCUGCUUCCGUUGCCAUGACAACAGUGACGCAGUGGCUGCUAUGGUGAUUGUUGGGUUUGCGUGACCAUUGGACUGUGACCAGAAAGCAGCAUGCAGCCAGAGGACACGAUGGUAUUGACAGUUUCUCACACACACACAGCAAAAUGACCGGCAGCUGAAUUUGUUAAUCAACAGAUGCGAACACUGUACAGUUUUUUUUUUUUUUUUUUUAAUGGAAUAGUGGAACAGUAGUUUUUUAUCAAAAUGGUGAAAUUGCAUUAAGAAGCUGGACACCUGGAAAUUAACACCCUUUAAUAUUUAAUAUGAAAACAGGAUUAGUGAGCACAUUUUUAUAAAUGAACACAAAUAAAUGUUCUGAAUCAUAUUCAUUUAAACUAUGCUUUUUUUAAAAUGAACACACAUGCAGAUCUGUCACUAGCUUGUGUUUAUAUGGUCAGUCAAUAAAAAAAAAAAAUCAUCCUGAAAUGAUCUCUAAAGAAUCAUACACUCUAAGGGAAGGUUCAUUCGGCUCCAUAACUCUAUAUAGUUGACGUUUCCUUAUGACUCAUGCUGUAGUCUAAUCCCGGGAUGUCUAUUUAAGUAGAUGAAUCCCGAUUUAGAAGAAAGUUCGUUGUAAGGAGUUGCACAGAACUUGAUAUAAUGAAUAUAGCACCAGUGUAUUAAAACUGCCUGCGAGUGUGUGUGUGUGUCUGUGUGAGUGUGAGUGUGGGGGAGUCUGGAAGCAUUUUUACACCCAAAUUUAGCCUUCAGUACCGUCACUGCUGCCAUUAUGACGACUUAAAGUGACUGCCUUCCCACCUGGGACAUUCACAGAUUUUUCAGCUUCCUAUUUAUAGUGACCAGUCAGGAUCAUUUCAUCAUUAUUCCAGACACACACACAUUAAUACUUUUAGGAUAAAUUUUAUUAUAUCAUGUACAGGCAAUAGGUAACAAGUCAUGAACUAAAAAUGUACGACAUGUUUGACUCAGAUGCAGAUCUUGUGCAGAACGAAAUGAAGAAGGGGGAUCAGGGAGGAGAAUCGUGUUGGUUAUUUUAGGAACACAGCUGAGAUGGGGUUUGGAGCAGUGAUGGUUUGGGAGUGUGUGUGUGUGCGUCUGUGUGUACAUGCAGUAAAGACAGGGGCUUCAGUGUCUCAGUUAAUCAAAGCUCCUGUAUAUAUUUGUGCAAAACACAAGACUAAAGAAUGCUAAGACACACACAUACAGUACAGUUCAGUGCUCUGAAUAGCUUUGAUUAUCUCUUUACUCUGUCAAGUGGUUGGAUAUCCAGUAUUAGGUAGUAAGUGAACAGUCAGUUCUCAAAGUUGAUGUCUUGGAAGCAGGAAAAAUGGGCGAGCGUAAGGAUCUGAGUGACUUUAGAUAAUUGGGUCAGUGUCUGAAACAACAGGUGGUAUCAGAACACACAGUGCAUUGCAGCUUGCAGUGUAUAGAGCUGUGUAGCUGCAGAUCGGGCCGCGUGCUUAUGCUUGACCCCUGUCCACCACUGAAAGCACCUACAGCGGGCAUGUGAGCAUCUUAACUGGACCAUGGAUCAAUGAAAAAAGGUGGCUUGGUCUGAUGAAUUACGUUUUCUUUUACAUCAUGUGGAUGACCAUGUGUGCUUACCUGGGAAGGUAUGGCACCGUGAUGCACUAUGGGAAGAAGGCAUUCUGGCAGAGGCAGUGUGAUGCUCUGGGCAAUGGAAACCUUGGCAUUUAUGUGGACUGACACAUACCACCUACCUAAACAACUAAAGUAUAAAUCAUGCAGGUCAAAUAGAAUGAGGAGAAAAAUUGUGAUCUCAGUGACUUUUACUAUGGGAUGGUUAUUGGUGUCAUAUGGGCUAGAGUAUUUAAUAAACGGCUGGAGUUUUUAAACACAACACUCUAGAGUUUAGACAUGGUGCGACAGUCUAUGGUACAGAUCUUAAACUGAUUCAUCUUCCAUGACUACAGAAAGUGUGGGUUUCAUUUACACCGAUCAGCCAUAACAUUAUGAGCAGUGACACGUGAAGUGAAUAAGACUGAUGAUCUCCUCAUCAUGGCACCUGUUAGUGGGUGGGAUAUAUUAGGCAGCAAGUGAACAUUUUGUCCUCAAAGUUGAUGUGUUAGAAGCAGGAGAAAUGGACAAGCGUAAGGAUUUGAGCAAGUUUGACGAGGGCCAAAUUGUGAUGGCUAGACGACUGGAUCAGAGCAUCUCCAAAACUGCAGCUCUUGUGGGGUGUUCCCGGUCUUCAGUGGUCAGUAUCUAUCAAAAGUGGUCCAAGAAAGGAACAGUGGUGAACCGGAGACAGGGUCAUGGGCGGCCAAGGCUCACGUGGGGAACAAAGGCUGGCCCGUGUGAUCCGAUCCAACAGACGAGAUACUGUUGCUCAGAUUGCUGAAGAGACUGAAGAAAAUCAAUACAAACUCAUCACACAGCAGAAAAAGAUUAGCCAUAGUUAAAUCAACUAGUUGGAACAUUCUUAAAAAGAAAAAAAAAUAGUGAGCGCAGGAACACCAAACCACCUGGAAGACAAGAAGAAGAAACCAACUGUGGUGGAUGCCAGAAGAAUUCUUUCCCUGGUGAAGAAAAAACUCUUUCACAACAGUUGGCUAGAUGAAUCCCCAGGAAGUAGGCAUACAGUGUCAAAGUCAACAAUCAAGAGAAGAUUUCAACACAGUAAAUAUAGAGAGUUUAAAAACAGAUUAGUUAUCAAACUACCACUUCCAUUUAUCAGUUAUCAAACCUUCCUUCCAGUUAUCAAACCAUGUUAUCAAACUACCACUUCCAUUGUCAAAUGUAUAAUUUUCUAUUACAUUU